AUGAAACGCUCAUCCACGGAUUCUGUGAUAUUGAGUAAAAUUUCCCCUUGGUGAUGGACUUUAGUGAGAGUCUCCCGUUGCUCUUCGUUUAAAAGUUCUUGUGUAUUUUUGAACAAGCCACCCAGAGGACAAUGAAAUUGAUCACCUUCUGGAGGUGGUGGAUACCUUCAUGGUUCCUGUUCCAUAUAAUUUUACAAAAUUGCUCUGCUCAAACGACAACUACCCUUACUCCGACAACCCUUGCCAAUGGUGCAGAUGCGGCGACUGCUGCAACUACGCUCUUUCCCACUGCAGUACCUUUAGCGACAACAGAAGGAGGGACUACAUUAUCUGGAGCCGAUUCUGCAGCCCCUACUACAACUGUUGCAACAGAAGGUGCCACUGCAGAAGUAACCACAGAAAAUCUAGCCAUCAGUGAAGAUCUAAGAGCAAGUGGACUGACACGGGGAUAUAGGUUUGAGUCCACAAGGAAAAGGCCAGCUGCCAAGCAGGAAACGGCUGGCCCUCGAGAAACCGAAACAGACAACAAGGACAAGACUGAUGAUAAAAAAAUCGCCUGGAAGUUUGGUAGAGGAGGUAAUAACCAAGACUCGUGGUCUGUCCGCCCAUCUCCAAACAACGGUUUUCCAUUAUGGAAAAAAGAAACACCAACCACUAGUGGAACAGGAGGAGAAUCUGAGCCUGCCACUGACGGGACCAAUAAGAAUAAGCCUAAUAAUCAGCCUGGAUAUGUUGUCUGGGACGUUGGGCAAGGAAACUCACCUAAUCAGUGGGCCUUAGGUGGUGGUUCAGACGGCUGGCCAGCAGGGGGAGCUGCUCCUAUCGGUGGAGGAUGGGCACCAGGUGAUGCAGGACCAGAUGCAAAUGUCGGGCCAGGAGCAUGGAAUGCUGGUGGGUGGGUGGAAGAUCAGACUCCAAACGAAGGAGAUGCACAAGCUGGAUGGGAUGAAGAUGACGGACCUACACCUGAUGACGGUGCUGCGCCUGGCUGGAACAGUGGGUCUAAUGGGGGAUGGAAUGGACCAAACGGAAACGUCGGUGGAUGGAAUAACGCUCCCCCGUCGGCAUCAAAUAAUAAUGGUCCACCUCAAACUGGUUGGGCACCUCAAUCUAACACAGCUCAAAACGGAUGGAAUGGUGCCCCAGGCCAACCGGUAGCUAACAAUGGUGGUGGAGGAUGGGCUGCACCACAGCAAGGAGGAGGUGGUUGGGCUCCACAGACAACGCAACCACAGGGAAAUGCCGGCUGGCCCCCUAAUUCUGGCAAAUGGGCAGGAGCAUCUCCUAUACCCGGAAACUCAGGAAGCUGGAACAGUGGGCCUCCAACGGGAGGAGGAGGUUCUUGGGAUAAUGGCCAAACUAAUGCAGAUGGAUGGAAUGGAGGAGGAAGUUCUACAGUUGGAUGGGAAGAUGCAGGUUUGUCAUGGAAAGUUUACAAUGAGGACACAAAAACUAUGGAGAAUUUAGACGACAAUUCUGGCUGGAAAGUUAUUGGAGAUGGUGGUGCUGAUGGGUGGAAAUUGGUGGAUGAAAAGGGUAAUGUUGAAUGGAAGAUCGAAAAUAUCAAUGGUGAAUGGAGAGUGACUAGUGCAGAUGAUUUACCAAAGCAAAGUAACACUACAGCUCCUGCAACAGAAAACGGAAACAAUUACACAUUAUCGGAUAACUCUAAUACUACGUCUUCCGAUAUUGCAGCAACAACACAGGCACCAACAGGAGGAUGGGAUGAUGACAAACAGGGCAGAUAUAUUGUGUGGAAAUUUUCAGAAGACGGAAAGGGAGAAGCUAGAGUAUAUGGAGGCAAUGGAGCUGAACCUGAAGUGUGGACUGUAGGUGAUAAUAAUCAAUGGUGGAAGGACACAAUGGGUAUAAAAUCAGCAGAUACAGGACAAGGUAGCUGGAGUCCCAAUGGUGGUGCUCCUCCUGUGUCAACUACUGGUGGAUCUACCUCUUGGAAUAAUGGUGGGCCAUGGCAAACUGCAGCAGGAUGGCCAAAUAAUGCACAGCAACCAGUUACAAGUUCUUGGCAGAAUGGUGAUGACGGAACUUCACAAACAGAUAAUACAGGGUGGCAAGUUGGAGGGGCAUCUCCUCCUACAGGAAAUGACUGGCAACAAGGAAUUAGCAUUCCUUCUCAGACAAAUGGUGGUGGCAGCUGGCAAACGGGGGGAACACCAUCUCAAAAUAGAUGGCCUCAGAAAAAUGGAGGGCCAACAAAUGGAUGGAAGAAUGCAGCUCCGCAAUCCGGUGGAAGAUGGCAAAAUCAAGCUCCCCAAACAAGAGGAGGAUGGAAAUAUGCAAAUCCUACCUCUCAGGCUGGAGGUGGUUGGCAAAAUGGUGGAGCCAGCUCUCAAAAUUCAGGAGGAAGUUGGAAGAAUGGAAAUAGCCCACCACAAAGUUCUUGGCAAAAUGGCGGUACUGCUCAAGCAGGCGGUGGGUGGGCGAAUGGAGGAGGAACGCGUAAAGGACGGACGAAAGGAAGAUGGAGAAAUGGUGGAGGUAAGAACAGAGCGAAUGGUAACUGGGCUCAAAAUAAUAAGGCAGGUCGUUCUAGGAAAACGGGUGCCUCUGGAGGUUCUUGGAAUAAUGGCAAUUCUGGAGGUUCUUGGCGCUCUCAAGGACAAGCACCGGCAAGCUGGAAUAAAGGCCCACCUCCUAAAUCACCUCCUCCGGCUUCUAACGGAGGAGGAAGAUGGCAAAGUAACAAAAAUAAAGCAGCCGGAACAGGAACCUGGUCUGGUAAUGGUGGAGGAGGACAAACUGUACCUUAUAUAAUUCUAAUAAAAACUCCCGAUGCGGCAGCACCAGCGGCAGCACCACCGGCUCCAUCAAAGCCCUGGUCAGCUAAUGGAAAUGGAGCUAAUGUUAGACGAUCUAAAAAUGGUAAUGGCAAUAAACCGAAGAAUGGUAGGCCUAACAAUGGAUGGAAAAUGAAUAGAGCGGGUAGUAGUGGCUGGCAGUGGAAUCCAAAUGGAGGAAACGAAGGCUGGCGUUGGAUGGAUGGAUGGAUGGGAUCUGGGGGAGGAUUUGGCGGAUGGAUGGGUGAUAAGAGUACUGUGUUCACCAGCUGGAAACCUACGAAAGGAAAUGGAGCAGGAUCUGCUAAAACUCCCACCCAACGAUCGGGUAGAAUUCCUAAAGGAAGUAAAAAGAGUGGCAGCAAGAUGGUGUUUGUUUUUGGAACAAAAAGGAAUUCUGGGGAAAACUGGCCUCAGCCUGCUGCAUCUGACAGCAGAAAAGGAAAACAAGUUAUUAUUAUUGACUAUACUGCUGCAGGCAAAAAGGCUCCUAAAGGAGAAGACGGUAUGAAAAAGGAUAUUGAAUCGGUUAUUCAAGCUCUCAAAUCUGCCAAACCAACUGGUGUUAAAGGCACAGCUGUGUGGAAACAGCCAGUGCAGAACCAGAACCAACAAAAACUUCCGUCAUCCAGGUAGUUUACGUUAUUAUAAAAGAAAUACUGCGUUUGUAGAAAGAUUCCAAGCAUUACAAGCAAUGAAUUGAAUUAUUUUCGUUCCUAUGCUUUAGAGAAAUCAUUAUGUACAUAAAAUGCUAACCUUGUUUACACUGAAAAGUUAUGACCAUGAGAUAAAGUAUAUUUUCCUGCCAUGUAUAGAACUGACGCUCAAACUCAGAACUGAACGGAAUGUAGUGUGAGUUAAGUUUUACCUUUUUUCCCUAGUAGAGGCAUUAUAGCACACUUUAGGUCUCAAAGGUAAUUUAUUCCGCUUACAGCUAACUGUAUUGCAGAUGAAAACCAAGGCAAUAGCAUCACUUUUCUCUUCUGUGUAACACUGUAAAUAUUUAGGGAUGUUUUAAAUGAUUGUUUUGUAAAUUUUUAUCAUAAGUUUUGUAAGGGUGUAAGAAUACAGGGCAAUAAUUAUGAUAUUCAGCAAUUAAAUUGCACUCGCAUUUUAGAAAAUUAAUUUUUCUUUUAACAUCAUUACCUUGUUUUAGUAUUUGUAUUACUAAAUAGUGUGCUGUCGUUUAUUUUGUAAAUAAAAUGUUUCAACAUCA